UAUUUAUCGAAACAGUCGAAAAUUAGUAUUCCAUUUUUGCAUUGAUAAUUUUGCAAAUGCAUACCAUCUUCCAAGGUCCAUUGCUAGUUCGCCGAUUUUGCCAAAUAAUACCCAAAGCACUGCCCAGAAAUUAUAUUCAACGAGAAUUUCCUUUGAAAAACAUUAGAGCCAUGUCAAGCACUUUGUCCAAAAAGCUCGCGUAUCCAGUUGCACGAAAAGAUGCAACUGUUGAGGAGGACUUCCAUGGAACCCCAAUCAAGGAUGUGUAUCGCUGGCUUGAAGAUCCCGAUUCGGCGGAAACCGAGGAGUUUGUCAACGCUCAAAACAAUAUAAGCCGACCAUUCCUUGAGAAUGGAGAAGAGUGGAAGAAACUCAAUACGAAGCUCACCAAGCUGUGGAACUAUCCCAAAUAUGGAUGCCCAAUGCGAUACGGAGACUACUACUAUUAUUUCAUGAACACUGGCCUGCAAAACCAAAGUGUCAUGUAUCAGCAAAAAUCGCUUGGCGACGAAAGUGAAAGCAAAGUAUUUCUGGAUCCGAAUACUUUGUCGGACGACGGAACCAUUGCAUUAACCCAAAAGUCCUUUUCCGAAGAUGGAAAAUAUAUGGCCUACGGACUGAGUGAAAGUGGGUCCGAUUGGAUAAAGAUUCUCAUUCGAGACGCGGAGACUGGUAAGGAUUUAAGCGAAGUCCUCGAAAAGGUCAAGUUCUCCGAAAUUUCUUGGACAAAAGACAAUAAGGGAUUCUUCUAUGGUAGAUACCCCGAUCAAGAUGGCAAAACUGACGGUUCUGAAACAAAACAAAAUGAAAAUCAAAAACUGUACUAUCAUCGUGUGGGAGAAAGUCAAAAUCAGGAUACACUUGUGGUCGAAUUUCCCGAGGAACCUUCAUGGCGCAUCCAAUCUACAGUCUCUGAUUGCGGAAAUUACUUGAUUCUGGCUAUUGUUAAGGAUUGCCGAGACAAUAUUGUUUUCUAUGCAGAUCUUAAACCUGGCGAGGAAAUCAACUCUAAACUAAGUGUUAAAAAAAUUGUGGAGAAAUUCGAGGCGGACUAUGAUUACAUUACCAACGAAGGCUCAAAAGUAUUUUUCCGUACAAAUAAAAAUGCACCAAAUUAUCAAGUUAUUGCCAUAGACUUUGAAAAUCCAGAAGAGAAGAAAUGGGAAACGCUUAUUGCCGAGCACAAGUCUGAUGUUUUGGACUGGGUUAAGUGCGUCGAUGCUGAUAAACUGCUCGUUUGCUAUAUAAGAGAUGUAAAGAGCGUUCUGCAAGUAAAUUCUCUGAAUAAUGGAAAACUACUGCGGGAAUUUGAUUUGGAUAUUGGCACCAUUGUGGGAACCUCUGGAGAAAAAAAAUAUUCCGAAAUAUUUUACAACUUUUCAUCGUUUUUGAACCCCGGCUCCAUUUAUCAAUAUGAUUUCAAAACACCCGACCAGUCGCCUACAUUAUUCCGUGAAAUUAAGCUCAAUUUGGAAGGUUUUCGUCGGGAAGACUACGCUGUUGAACAGAUAUUCUACAACAGCAAGGACGGCACUAAAGUACCUAUGUUUAUUAUUAGAAAGAAACGCGAUGCCAUUGAACCGCGACCAUGUCUGCUUUAUGGAUACGGAGGUUUUAAUAUCAGUAUGCUGCCAUCGUUCGGACUUUCGGGGCUUAUGUUUAUAGAUACCUUUGAUGGUGUGCUCGCCUAUCCAAAUCUGCGAGGUGGUGGAGAAUAUGGCGAGAAAUGGCAUAACGGAGGUCGCCUGCUGAACAAGCAAAACGUAUUCGACGAUUUUCAAGCUGCCGCCGAGUAUUUGAUCAACAAUAAGUAUACGACUAAGGACCGAUUGGCCAUUCAAGGAGGUUCCAAUGGAGGGCUUCUGGUCGGAUCGUGUAUUAACCAACGUCCGGAUUUGUUUGGAGCUGCUGUUGCACAAGUCGGAGUAAUGGAUAUGUUGCGCUUCCAUAAAUUUACCAUUGGACAUGCUUGGUGCUCGGAUUAUGGAAACCCAUCUGAUAAGGAGCAUUUUGAGAACUUGUACAAGUUUUCGCCGCUGCACAAUGUGCACACUCCAAAGGGCACCGAAACGGAGUACCCAUCUACUUUGAUCCUGACAGCAGAUCAUGAUGAUCGCGUGAGCCCCUUGCACUCGCUUAAAUUUGUUGCCGCCCUGCAGGAAGCUGUUCGAGACUCCGAGUUCCAAAACAAUCCGGUUCUGUUGCGUGUUUAUCAAAAGGCGGGCCACGGAGCCGGUAAACCCACCUCGAAGAGAAUCGAGGAAGCCACCGAUAUUCUGACAUUCUUGUCGAAGAGCCUUAAUGUGGACACAGUCAAUGUUUGAGUGGUCAACUAUAAAAAUUUGCAUUUCUCAAGGUCGAGUAAAAACUGCUUUUACAAUGUAUUCAAUAUUUUCACAAUAAAUUCUAUACCUGAAUGAGA